AUGAACCUGCUUAUUAUUGACCAUUUAGCUGUUGUCAUUAUAUUUGAACACUCUUUCUAUAUUUUCGACAAGUGGCGCUAUCUUCAUCACCAGCAAGGGUCUGUUCCCUCUUUUUAUGUCGCUCUCAAGCAGUACCUGGCAUCUGUGCAUGCAGAUGCUGUCAGGGAAGCUGCGAGUGCUGCCGCCCAGGCAUAUGAAGAAGCUGUGGCUACUGCCGCCCAGGCAUAUGAAGAAGCUAUGGCCACUGCCACCCACGCAUAUGAAGAAGCUGUGAGGACUGCUGUUUACCCAUAUCAAAGAAAUCUUCCUGCUUGGAUGGCGAAGUUACCGUUUAAACCCUUGAAAAGAAAGGCAAAAGAAGCUUUUGAACGCUCUCAGGCAAAGGAGAGAGAAGCUUUCAAAUACUCUCAGGUAAAGAAGAGAGAAUCUUUGUGCUCUCAAGCGAAGGCAGAGUUAAUCAAGAUUAUUCUUGAAAUCACUUUAAAUCAUCGCCUGCAUAUGUUUCACCGUCAUGUUGUGGCAGCACUGCCACUGAUCCACCUGUCUUCAGCUAGACCUUAA